AUGUCUCUUCCUCAAUUUCUGAUUAAGGUGGAAGUGUAUAUCAACGGAAACAACCCUCAUGUUGAAUUCAAGCUUCCAGAGGGCGCCACAUCUCUCGCCAAUUUGACAUACAAGUUAAAUGAAUUACUGUCUGAUAUUGAUAACAUAAGAGUGAGAAAGAUCGAGUUUCGUGAAGAUUGUAUUGAUAGUAAUGGAAGAGUGAAAUACAACUUGAUUGAGUUGAAGACCGACGAAGAUGUCAAGACGAUGUGGAAAUCAUUUCGCCGUAGGAUAACUAAAGGUUCAAUCGAGUUGGAUGCGCAUAUAAUAAGAUUCGUCGACGACAUAAUAAAGAUGUUGAAACAUCCAGAACCAUCGAUCUGGAAGUACAUAGGUUUUCAUGUUUAG